AUGUCCGAAGCCUCGUCAACUCCGGUGUCGUGGUCGCGCUACCGCCCCGUCCUGUACCUCCUCACCGGCGUCACCGCGGUCUAUGCGCUGAUCUACAUCCACUCCGCCGUCGUUUCCUCGUCGCAGCCCUCAGCUCCCUUACGUCGGCGCAAUGCCGUCCGUCGCAGUCGCCAACCGGAUUAUGGCUUGAUGAACACGCCCUCCUGGAGGGCCAUCCAUCACCUCGAGCAGCUGGAACGUGAGAAUGGCGCCUACGGGACCUUCCGCAUCGAGACCGAAGAUGGCAGACGGGUGGAAAGUGGUCUGCUCCCAUCCUUGUUGGCGACCCGCGACCAGCUGAUGGCGGAGGUGGGUAUUCCUCCCGGUCAUGCGGAGCGUAUGCGCGAGAUGAUGGAGGAUACCUUCUUGGAGUCGUUUUUCGCUCUGGACUUCCCUCCCUCGCACACGAUCCGGGAGGGCUCGAGGGAGUGGGAAUACCUCGUCGCCGAGCUGCAUCGCCGCGGCAUCUCUCGAGUCAGCAUUGUAAGAGCCAUACAGCGAUUCAACGCUGAUCAGAACUACGGCGAAGAGCUUCGUCGUCGCCGACAGAACGGAGAGAGAGUGACGCUGGCCACGCCCACUCCUGCUCCCGCUCCAGAGCCGUCGCCCCAGGAGCAACCGGCCCCCGACGGUGGUGAAACGAUGCUGGACGACCAGAGCAUGUUCUCGUGGCGUGAGGGCAAUAACGAUGGAUCUCCUACACGCGAAGGGCAGAAUCUGCUCAACCUGCUGUACCACAUCGCUGAGGACCAGGCGCGGCGGGAUGGCGAUGCAGGUGCACAUCAAGACACACCUGUUCUACAAAGUCCGGAUCCCCGCCCCGUUUCUCGGAAACCCGCGACAGUCCCAGCCGGUGUGGUAUCCGGGAAAGCCCAUGAUGUUGCCGCGCAGUCUCCCAAGACCACUGGCCAAGCGUCUGAUC